CUGGGAGGAGUGGACUGCACUGGGAACCACCUGUACAGUGUGGGGCCGUAUGGGAGCGUGGAUCAUGUGCCAUACCUCGCAUUGGGAUCAGGUGACCUGGCUGCUCUUGGGAUUUUGGAGGAUGGAUUCAAAACCGACCUUGAGCUGGAGAAGGCGAAGGAGCUGGUCCGAGCCUCCAUCCAUGCUGGCAUCAUGAGUGACCUCGGCUCCGGCAACAACAUCGACAUCUGUGUCAUCACCAGACAGGGAGUGGACUACAUCAGACCCUACCAGGAGUCACAGUACAAAGACUCCAGGAAAAUUAAAUACAGAUAUAGUCCAGGGACAACGCCAGUCCUGACAGAGAAAGUAGCUCCUUUGAACCUGGAAAUUGUACAAGAGGCUGUGCAGCAAAUGGAUACACGAUGA